GCGGGGAGUACAGCAAAAUUCUUCGUUUAAGGCACAUAUGCUUUCGUUCUCUGUGGCUUUUUAGUUCCGGAAAGGAGCAUGCGCAUAGUGAGAGGGUUGAUCCUCUGAAGUUUGAACUCGAAGGAAACCGCGGCGGAGUGGAGGGCUGUCAGUGAGUGGCGGUAGCCCGGAGCUCCGCCGGUGGGAAAACAGAGAGUCUUGGCUUUGCCACUUACUAGUUUGGUGGCCUUGAGAAAGUCACACAACAUUUCAGAGCACCAGUUUUUCCUUAUCGGUUGCUCACUUUUUUUGAAGAAACAGGACUAGUUCAUGGCUCAGCAUGUCAAUAGUAACAGUGCAGCUUGGUCAGUGUGGCAACCAGAUUGGUUUUGAAGUGUUUAAUACAUUAUUUAGUGACUCACAUGAUUUCCAAGGACUCUGCUCUAAAAAAGAAAAUGAGGCAUAUCAAGCAUCUUGCCAAGAAAGAUUCUUCAGGGAGGAAGAAAAUGGAGUUCCAGUUGCCCGGGCUGUGCUUAUUGACAUGGAACCUAAGGUUAUCAAUCAAACUCUGACAAAGGCUUCUCAGUCUGGCCGAUGGAAAUAUGGUCAGCAUGCAUGCUUCUGUCAAAAACAAGGUUCUGGAAACAACUGGGCAUAUGGUUACUCUGUACAUGGACCUAGGCAUGAAGAAUCUAUCAUGAACCUAAUCCAGAAGGAAGUGGAGAAAUGUGACUCCUUGAGUGGUUUUUUCAUCAUAAUGAGUAUAGCUGGGGGCACAGGAUCUGGGCUGGGAGCCUUCAUUACACAGGAUUUACAAGAUCAGUACUCAAACUCUUUAAGAAUGAAUCAGAUUAUAUGGCCCUAUGGAACUGGUGAGGUUAUUGUUCAGAACUACAACUCCAUUAUGACUCUUUCUCACCUGUACCGAUCUUCAGAUGCCCUCCUUGUUCACGAGAACGAUGCUGUCCAUAAGAUCUGUGCAAAACUCAUGAAUAUCAAGCAGAUAUCCUUUAGUGAUAUAAAUCAAGUCCUUGCGCAUCAGCUGGGAAGUGUGUUUCAGCCUACUUAUUCUGAAGAAGGCGCUUUUCACUACAGAAGAAACCCACUAGGAGACUUAAUGGAGAAUUUAGUUCCCCAUCCUGAAUUCAAGAUGCUGGGUAUUCGUAACAUUCCUCAAAUGUCUGAGAAUUCACUGGCAUAUAGCACGUUUACUUGGACUGGCCUCCUCAAACAUUUGAGACAGAUGCUCAUUUCUAAUGCGAAAAUGGAAGAAGGGAUUGAUUGGCAGGUACGACCUCCCAUAUCCGGACUUCCAGCUAUUGGGAAAAUGAGUCUCAAGAAGGAGCUGCAUUUUAACACUUCCAUUGCUAAUUUGGUCAUCCUUCGUGGGAAAGAGGUACAAAAUGCAGAUCUCGAGGGAUUUAAAGAUCCAGCUCUCUACACUUCCUGGUUACAGCCUGACAUUGCCUUCAAUGUGUGGAAAAUCCAGCGAGCCUUUAACAGAUAUGAGAAGUCUGCAGCGCUCGUCAGCAAUAGCCAGUUCUUAGUAAAGCCUCUUGAUAUGAUUGUGGGCAAAGCGUGGAAUAUGUUUGCUUCAAAAGCCUACGUUCAUCAGUAUACAAAAUUUGGAAUCGAAGAAGAGGACUUUUUGGACAGUUUCACAUUGUUAGAACAAGUUGUUUCGAGUUACUCUAACAUCUGAUUUUGAAAACCUUAGGAAUGUUUGGACUGAAAUAUGUUCAAUACUACUGUUUUUAAAGUUUGAUCUAUGAACUAUAUCCCAGACUUUUUCUUUCUUUUUUUGGACCUGUGGAUUUAACCCA